AUAAGAGAUAAAAUGCUGUCAUUUGAUUGGUCCAGUUUCUUCCCAGGAUACUUGGCGCUGCUAGCCCGAACCGAAAGAGACGUUUCGCUGCCGAAACAAAGUAAGCGAACGAAGCAUGGAAUAGCGGAGCGCAAUUCGAAUAUUUGAAUUUCUCCGCUUUUUGGCAAUUUUCCGAAUGGGAUAAAUUAACAUGGCUCCUCCAGGAGAACUUAAUCUUCUAAAAGAACCCCAACUUAAAGACAAAGACAAAGAAUCUUACAAUGGAUAUAUCACAACGACGGUCGCUUCGCUUGACAGGCCCCAGUUUACGUCUUGGACAUUGUUAAAUGGUAAGGUGAGAGUUGGUCCCGUGGAAUCGGGCAGUGGAUUUAUUUUGCUAUGCCUACUUUGGCUUGUCUUCGCUUCGGUUCCAGAGGGAGUUCUUCAUGGAUUUUGCACGGUGGUACAGCGUAUCUUUACAAUAUUUUUACCGCUUGUUUGCUUGAUUUGUGUGUUCUAUUGGGCUGAACUUCUCAUUCACAAAUACUGCAAGAGCCAGAUCUCGUAUGUUGUGUUCCCCGUUUGUCUGUUAGGAGAACUUUGUACACAAGUUAUCCUCGGUGGAUCGGAUUUCCUACGAACUACGUUUCUCUUUACCCUUGUGAUGGCGGGGCUUGUAACAGUUGUAUUUUCAAAACUAAAAAUUCUUCCCACAAGUAUAGCGCUGUUGUUACUUACAACAGCUCGGAUGUCAUGCUGGAUUACACUUCGUGAUAUUCCGUCGUUUUUGCGGCCAUUUCUAGCCUAUUUUUCAGCAUUUAGUGGGCUGAUAUUAUCAAGAAAUAUUCAAGCAUGGUUUUCUCCGAGUCCGGGUGAGGUUAUUCAAAGCAAAGCUCCUAUAAUUCGAAGACGAACUUCAAGCGUGUCUUCAACUAGCAGUUUAAAUAGUAGAAGAAGAACUUCGCUUCCAGCGCUGGGAAUCCAAACCAAGGGUACUAUAGAUUGCACAACGUUGGGAGAAGCUCAUGGCAUGAUCUCAGAUCUGCUAGCUGAUUCAAAUUUACCUCCCAAUGUGGCAAGCACUCUUAAAAUCAUCAGCACAAUGAUUGCGCCGCCGACUGCUUUUCAUGCAGUACAGCGGCCAUUUGUUUCACCAAUGACCCCUCUCAUAGAGAAAUUCCGCGAUGAGAGCCAGGAAGAUAAAGUUAGGGAUCAACCAGAUCUGAAGGAUGAUAUGCCUUUACCAAUGGUUGGGCGAAUUCGGCGUACGCUAAAUUCCCAGGGGCGACGCAUGUCAAGCACGUGGACUACUACGACGUCGGCGACCGGAAUGCCUACCCUUGAUGCUGACGUGACGGUGUCACGUCCGCCUGUCGUGACUUUCUCCGAACAUAAUAAUACAAGUAGUGCCACUCUUGCAAAUAAGAGCCCGCAGAAGUCUUCCUUAGCAGAAGGAGCUCUAACGGGCACUAAAAAUGGCCCUCAAGAGACUUAUCCGAAGCACAGACCCGCUUGCUUCAGUCACAGCUUCCCCGCUCAAGCAUCACCGGGUCUGUCGCGAAAACUGUCACCGGACUUGGCCCCGUCUGGCUCUCCACUCCUUCCCAGACGGUCGCCUGACCGCGGGACUACGUCGCCCGUAUCUUCGUCGCCAAAUUUGCUCAGAAAAUCCCCCGAUAGGAUGUUUGCUACCUCAAACGUAUUUAGAAGACUUAGUAGGGAAGAAACACAGCUUGUUAAAGAUGCUUUAGAUCAGGCUGAAAAUCAGGAAGAGAAGAAAAGCGAUGAAAGCGAGGUGAAAUCUAAGCAAUGUAAAUGUGACUGUCAUACAAACCCCUCGUCAACAGAAGAGGAAAAAGACACUAAUCAAACACGCAACGACUCGGUAAAGGAGCCUGAUUUUGCCAAAGAGAAUCGGGUGUUGCCGAAGUCAAGAGAACUUGAUAAGCUUUUAGAUCAAAUCAGCGAUUGGAACUUUCCGAUAUUUGAUGCUUGUGAGCACGGAAAUAUAUUGACGCAGGUGACUUACAAAGUGUUUCGGAAAGUUGGCCUUUUCGAGGCAUUUAAAAUUCCCGAGACAAAAUUCCUCAAUUUUUUCUUUGAACUGGAAAGUGGCUACCACGACAUUCCAUAUCAUAACUGUAUGCAUGCAUCGGACGUUCUUCACGGUGUAUUCUUCAUGACCACUAAAAAGAUUCCUGGUUUCUGUCCGUUGAACCCAAAACUAAGUAACGAUAGCGAAUCAGACUCCGACAGUGGGCUGAAUGGAGAGGGGCGGCAGAAAACCAACACCAGUGACUAUGGGGUAUUGAUGGAUUCCAUCCCACUACUAGAACUGCUGGCUUUGUACACAGCAGCUACAAUGCACGACUACGACCACCCGGGCAGAACCAACGCUUUCCUUGUUGCUACUCUCUCACCACAAGCUUUGCUGUAUAACGACAGAUCAGUACUGGAAAACCAUCACGCUGCGGCCGCCUUCGCCCUUCUCAUGUCAGACCCAAAGUACAAUUUCCUGUGUGAGCUGGAAACAGUGGAGUUUAAACGCUUUAGAUUUCUUGCAAUUGAGGCUAUCUUGGCCACAGAUCUGAAGAGACACUUUGAUUUGCUGUCCGAGUUUAAUGCCAAGAUUUCUGACGGUGGCGGAAUCGAUUGGUCACAAGAAGCUGAUCGCCUCUUGACACUGCAGAUUUGCAUCAAGAUGGCGGACAUUUCAGGACCGAGUAAACGAAGAGACUUACACACUCGCUGGACCGAGCGUAUUGUUGAAGAGUUCUAUGAACAGGGAGAUGACGAGCUAACACGUGGUAUGCCAAUCUCUCCUUAUAUGGACCGUGAUCAGCCACACGUAGCCCAGUUGCAGGAGUCAUUCAUCAAUCACCUAGUGGCCCCUUUGUACAAUGCUUACGCCAAUGCCGGACUCCUUCCAGGGGAAUGGGUCGACGUCGAGGCAAGUAGCUCGGACCUGGAGAGCGACGACGAAGACUCCGGCGAAGAAGGAGCGAGAAAUCCCGAAGACGAACGAAGAAAACCGAAAAAGUCACGUCGCCGAAAGCGACGAAAGAUUACGAGCGACCUGACCAAAAACAUUGAAAAUAAUUACAAAAUGUGGUUGGAGGUGAUAAAACAAGAGGAGAGAGAUAAACGAAAAACGACCAAGGUGGAUCUCGAAGAAAACCAAAAUCAAGAUGUGGAGGGCUCUGACGAGGAGUUGAUGAUGAUAGAGACUUCACUGAAGGACGAAAUUAUUGAAGAGGAAGAAAAUGGCUCCGAGUCAGGAAGCGCUGCUGAUUCACGCAAGGAAAGUACUGCGUAGGCGCGCACCACUGUAUAAUAUACUGUGUAUGUUUAAAUGUAAAUUACGAAGCCUCAGCUCCGUUGUAGAAAUGAAAAAAUAUAUAUGUCGUUAAAAGAGGUUUGGCGAACUCAAGGCGUGAUAUAAACUUGAGCAGUUCUGACACAAAAAUGACAUUAAAGUUUAUUUUCCCUUUCGUUUUUUUUUUUUUUUUUUCGUGAGGAAACUUCUUGUGGAUGGUGAAGAGAUCAGGUUGUCUCUCGUCCAUCCAUAACUACCUGCUAGAGUCUGCUUAAAACUCACCAGAGGUCAGGCUACCAGAAUUAAAUUCAGUCAUUAACUUGAUCAAGUUUCCCGCGCGAAAAAAAACAGUAAAUUUCCCGCUAUCAGGGUUCAAAAGAAAAUAGGAACUUGACUCUGAAAAAGAAGUGAUAGUAGUAAUUCGAGUUUCACACGAAAAAUCAGGUAUGAAUUCUUCGAUACUUUCAGGUAAAUUUUAAAUAGAUUUUCUCUAAAUCUUGUUGUGGCAAUUGCCUAUGGUUGUCGUAUUAGAGGCUUAAGCCAAUUGCCCUCUUCGCAGAUUCGAAGGAGGGCGCGGGAGGGUACAAAAUAUUGGGGUGAAAAAAAUUAGCUUUCCACUAUUUGUUGUGUGUUGCUACUUUUUUUUAGUAAACUACGACAAUCAGGAUUGUUUUGCUCAACUUCCCGUGAGGCCACAAGUUUGUUUCAAGUUCAUCACGUAGUACGUUUCUCUGUACCACGUGACGAUUUGACAAGAGUGCCACGUGAUACUUGUUGAAGUGAUCUUGCGGUCACGGGAACGUUGCUUUAGAAUAUGAAGAAAAAUGCACGUUGUCGCUAGAUGCCACAAAGAGUAGGAGUGUAGACAAUUAGAUUUGUAGCUGAGUUUUUCUUCCCUUUUUAGAGCCCAAUACGUUGGUUGUUUUUUAACUGGUUUCUGAAAAUUUCGCGGUUCCUUGUUUACCGCCCUCUAAAAAUGAUAAGUAGAUCAUAAGCCGUGGUGCAAUACACGUGUUACUUUCACCUGGUAUAAUCAAGCCUUACUUGGCUUCUGGUGGAAAAGAGUUUAAGUAAGCUUCAAAAGUAUGAAUUGAAUUUUUAUUUGGUCAUCAAGGAAAAUGUGGUAGAGGUAUUUUAAUCAGAUGUUUUAAUUUAGGAAUUAUUGUGUUCCAUAUUUUUUAUUGACCGCCCUCUGAGUUUGUCUAGCAGAUCUUUGGGUUUUUUUUUUUUUGAGAAGGCUCGUUACAUGCGGGUGAUAAUUAUACCAGACGUAUAUAUUAUAAGACUGACGCGAAUAUCGACUUAAAGAUUAAUUGCAAAAGAUAUUUCGCAACGAUUAAAGCAAAACUCUGAACGUACUGCAACAAAAUUGACCAACCUUAUGAGUUGAAUUUUGUUUUUCAACGGGGUCAACGCUGCUCAUAUUUCGCGUAGAAACAAAUCCUUCCUUCACGCAAUUGUCUGCUUCCGAGUCACGCCAAACAAGUGGAACUGGUUGCACGUGUAUUAUAUGUACAGAGAAUGCACUUGUAUGUAAGAGAAAAUGAGAUAAACAAUUAUGAUGUACAAAUAAAAUGCAUAGCUUGUAUUAAGGGGGACCCCUCGGUCGUGGCCAAGAUACUUAGUAACAGAGUAGAGAAUAGAAUAAAGUAUAGCAUAGACAACGAAUAAUUCAAGAAUCGCUGUAGUAUUUAAGCCCUGGAUGAUAUUAAAUGUAGUCGAAUGACAAUCUGUGUUAAAUGU